GGGCUUGCUGCUGAAAAGCCCGCUGGAUCCUCCACUGACCUGCUGUUCUUUCCUGCUUUCCUCUUGCGUUUUUUUUUUCCACAUUUAGAUUAAAAACAAAGCUCUCACUCUCUCUCUCUCCUUCUCUCUCUCCCCUCCUCCCCUCCCUCCUCCUUCUUCUUCUUCUUCUUCUCCUCCUUCUUAUCCUUCUUCUUCUUUUCUGCGGCAGCAGUCAAGGCUCCAGUGUGUCAGAGAGAGGGUGAAGAGGAGGGAAAAAGCAGAGGAGAAGACUGUUUGGACGGAGCUGAGUGUGUGUUUAUGUUUGUGUGUCUCACCAUUGGACGGCCGGGUGAAGGGGCACGAGGAGAAGAGUAGGAGGAGGAGGAGGAGGAGGAGAAGCAGAGGGAAGCCUGCCUGGAUGAAAUUCUCGAUGUCAUGUCACUACGAGUGGACCUUGACUGAUCACAGGGUGAGGGAAAGGGAGAGAGACACUGAGAGGAAGACGAGGAGGUGGAGAAACUGAGACUUUGGUUUCACUGGGAAAAAGAAGAGGAAGGAGGAGAAGGAGGUAAAGUCUGGAGCUCCGUUUUAUCAUGACAUUGUUGGAUAAAGGAACCGACGGAUUGAGCGCUCUUCAGUGGUGUGUCAACAGGAAUUCGCCUUAGAAGAGAGAAGGAGAGCAAGGAAAGAGAAGAAGGAGACAGACUCUGGAAGAGUAUAGACUGCUGUAUUCAACCCAGCUAAGGAGCAGGGACUGGACUUACAGAGUGUGUGUGUGUUGGGGGGGGGCUUGUGUGUGUGUGUUUGUGUGGCUGUGUAACCGGUGGAGGGCAGAGGAGUGGAGGGCCAGGGGACUAACCUGGCCAUCAAACGGACUGGCAGCCUCUCCUCUCCUGGGAUCAUGUACCCUCAGGGCAGGCAUCCGGUUCCCUUACAACCCGGCCAGUCUUUCAAGUUCACAGUCCUGGAAACCCUGGACCGUAUCAAGGAGGAAUUCCAGUUCCUCCAGGCGCAGUACCACAGCCUGAAGCUGGAGUGUGAGAAGCUGGCCAGUGAGAAGACCGAGAUGCAGAGGCACUACAUCAUGUACUACGAAAUGUCCUACGGUCUCAACAUUGAGAUGCACAAACAGGCGGAGAUUGUCAAGCGUCUCAGUGCCAUCUGCGCUCAGAUCAUCCCUUUCCUCUCUCAAGAGCACCAGCAACAGGUGGUCCAAGCAGUGGAGAGGGCCAAGCAGGUCACGAUGGCUGAACUCAAUGCCAUUAUCGGGCAGCAGCAGCUCCAGCACCUGUCUCACCAUGCCCCUGGCAUUCCUCUGACGCCACACCCAUCGGGCCUGUCCCUGGGGGCGGGAGGCUCGGGGCUUCUUGCGCUGACCGGGGCCCUGGGGGUCUCGGCCCACCUCGCCUCCAAAGAUGAGCGCAACCACCUUGAUCCCGAACAUCUCAGAGAGGGAGCACCCAGCAGGAGUAAGUCAGUGUCAUCAACAGACAGUCAGCCCGCCGAGGAGCGCCAAGGCCCAUCAGGAGGCUACUCCUCCUCGCAGGGAGGAGCUGAGGCAAAGCGGAGGCGCUGUGAUGACAAAGAGCCCCUUCCGCCACACUCCUAUGACAGUGAUGGAGACAAGAGUGAAGACAAUCUCGUAGUGGACGUCUCCAAUGAGGAGCCUAACUCUCCUGCGGGCAGCCCUCCCCACUCCCCCCACGGGAACGGGUUAGACCGGGCUCCUACUCUACGGAAAGAGCUCCCGGGCUCCUCCAGCACAGGAGAGGCCCCCUCUACCCCAAACCCGCGCAGCCCCACCCCCGGGAAGUCCAAGGACCCUGCACAGAUGGAUAAAUCCCAGUCUCCGUUGUCCAAGUCUGGCACCCCAUCCCCGUCCCACCGUGAGGCCCUUACCCCUGGAGCACCAGGAGCCCCAGGAGCCCCUGGUCCCAGCACCUCCUGCCUUCGUCUGGUCAGCAAAGCAGCAUCCAGUGCAGACCCCCUUGCUCUCCGCAGUCCCAUGUCUGUGCCCCCCGGUUCAUACCCGGCUCAUUUUGGCGUGGUGUCCCACGCAGGACUGAAUGGGGAGCUGGCCAGCCCAGGAGGUUUCGGUGGGGCUUUAACUCUCUCCCCACAAAUCAGCGCAGCAGCCAAUGCCUACUCCCGAAGCCCCAUGGUGGCAUAUGACUCUCGGUCUCACCUGAGGGCCCCAGGGCUGUCUUCUUCUCUGCCUGGUUCCUCUGGCGGCAAGCCCGCCUACUCGUUCCACGUGAGCGCAGACGGCCAGAUGCAGCCGGUGCCCUUUCCCCCUGACGCCCUGCUGGGCCCAGGAAUCCCUCGCCAUGCCCGUCAGAUUCACACCCUGAACCACGGAGAGGUGGUGUGUGCCGUCACCAUCAGCACCUCGACGCGUCACGUCUACACCGGAGGCAAGGGCUGCGUCAAGGUGUGGGACAUCAGCCAGCCUGGAAGCAAGAGCCCCAUGGCCCAGCUGGACUGUCUGAACAGGGAUAACUACAUCCGCUCCUGUAAAAUCCUUCCUGACGGACGGACCUUGAUCGUUGGUGGGGAGGCCAGCACGCUGUCAAUCUGGGAUCUGGCCACGCCCACUCCUCGCAUCAAGGCAGAGCUGACGUCGUCUGCUCCCGCCUGCUAUGCUCUGGCCAUCUCCCCUGACAACAAGGUCUGCUUCUCCUGCUGCAGCGAUGGCAACAUCGUCGUCUGGGACCUUCACAACCAGACACUGGUCAGGCAGUUCCAGGGCCACACAGAUGGAGCGAGCUGCAUCGACAUCUCCAACGACGGCACCAAACUGUGGACGGGAGGGCUGGACAACACGGUCCGCUGCUGGGACCUCCGAGAGGGACGCCAGCUCCAGCAACACGACUUCACCUCUCAGAUCUUCUCUCUGGGCUACUGUCCGACAGGCGAGUGGCUGGCUGUGGGAAUGGAGAGCAGUAACGUGGAAGUUCUGCACGUCUCCAAACCUGACAAGUACCAGCUGCACCUCCAUGAGAGCUGCGUUCUCUCCCUAAAGUUCGCGUACUGUGGAAAGUGGUUUGUGAGCACAGGAAAAGACAAUCUGUUGAAUGCAUGGAGGACACCAUAUGGAGCCAGUAUUUUCCAGUCCAAGGAGUCCUCGUCUGUGCUGAGCUGUGACGUUUCCCCGGACGACAAGUACAUAGUGACGGGCUCCGGGGACAAGAAGGCCACGGUGUACGAGGUGGUGUACUGAGGGCCGGGACGAGAUGGGAAGAGACAGGACGGAGAUUUGGGGGCAUUUUUUUUUUUUU